UGUGUUUGUUUACUUCAUAAUUUUGGAAUAUCUGUUCUUUCAUAGUUUGGAUGUCUUCAGUAUUAUUGUACAAUAUUGAAAAUAAUUGUUUCGUUCAUCAGUCUUUAAAAUAUAUUUUCCAUUCACUUAACCUUACAAAAAUACACCAAAAUAAAUGUUUCUCUUCACCCGUCGCUUUUCGAAGCGUUUUCAGGUUUAUUCGAGCCCUUGUGUACGGAGAACGGCGCACGGGGAACUCUGAUUGGCUCAGGGCAUGAUUGACAGGCAGACUCUCUAAUCGACGCGCCGGGGAGGCGGGACAUCCGCUUGUUGCUGCGUGUGAGCGGAAGCUGGUGCCGGAACCGUCGCGCUGUGGAGGUUUCUAUGGUUCGGUUGCAGACGGGGAGAUUUCAAACACCACCACUGCCAGAGAUAAAUCUAGAAAAACAGCACCCCGGAGCAUAAAGAAGCGACAAAAUGCCGCACAAUUUCCGACCCGGGGAUCUGGUGUUCGCCAAAAUGAAGGGCUACCCGCACUGGCCGGCUCGGAUUGAAGAUGUGGCUGAAGGGGCUGUAAAACCGCCACCCAAUAAAAUCCCCAUAUUUUUCUUCGGGACCCAUGAAACAGCCUUCCUCGCACCGAAAGACCUUUUCGCUUAUGAGAAGUACCAGGACCGGUACGGGAAGCCCAACAAACGGAAAGGGUUUAAUGAGGGAUUGUGGGAAAUACAGAACAAUCCACAUGCGUCGUACACCGCGCCUGCUACUGCCAGCUCGUCCGAGAGCGAAGACAACGAACCUGCACCAGGAAGCGACGCACAAGACGAAGAAGAGGUAGUGGUCCCGAGGAAGGCCGAAUCAGGAAGCGAGGAAUCGGGAUCUAGAAGUGAAGAUCAAGGCAGAGGAGCAGUGAAGCGGAAAGCUCCGGCAGCUAAGAGACCACCGGCGAAGAGAGGGCGAGCCUCAUCCAGCGACCGUGACGAAGAGCAGAGCGGAUCUGCUUCUGACCCUGAGCCGUCCCCAAGCUCUGAAUCAGACUCUGGGAAAAACAGUGACCAGGAUUUCACUCCACUGAAGGAGUCUGGCGGUCGGGGAGGCAGGAAGCCUGCAGGCAGAGGAAGGAGGAAGAAAGCGUCCUCAGAUUCCGAGUCGGACUCAGGUUCGCGGUCGGACCAGAAGCGGGACAGGAGCGAUUCUGAAGAUGUGAAGCCACGGCCGGCCAUCUCUGGGUCUGAAUCUCCGUCUGGAUCCAAGUCGGAGUCUGAAUCAGAUCCUCCGCCUAGGAAAGCUCCACAGUCACGCAAGAAAGAAAAACCAGCACAGAAGCCACGGGCAAGGAAGUCUAAACCAGCACCGGAAAGAGCUGCUUCCUCUUCUUCAGACAGUGACAGCGGCAGCGAAUCGGACCAAAUCAGCGACUGGAAGAAACGUGACGAGCAGCGGCGGAGAGAGCUGGAGGAGCGCAAAAAGAAGGAGGAGGCGGAGGAGAUUCGGCGCUUGAGGGAGAGAGAGAAAGAGGAGGAGGAGAAAAGGAAGAAGGACAAAGAGAGCAAAGUGCAAAGAAAAGAGCAGGACAGCAGUAGCGGCAGCAGCUCGGACGAAGGCGUGGACGACCAUCCUCUCAAGAGGUCCAAGAAACCGCCACCACCUCCCAUCCCUGCGCCGUCGGAUUCCGAUUCAUCGCCGGAGGUGAAAAAGCAAGCUAAACUCCAAGACGGCCAGAGAGGCAGGCAAAAGAAGGAGGUGAAAGAGAAAAGAGAGAGGAAGGAGAAGAAGGAGCAGCGAUCUGAGGAGAAACACCGAACGAGGUCCAAGCCUGAGAAACCAAAACGAAGACCUGAGCGUCUGCCAGAGAAGAGAGUGGAGAAGAAAAAAGAGCCGUCUCCAGAAGAAAAACUCCAAAAGCUGCACACGGACAUUAAAUUUGCACUGAAGGUGGACAACCCGGACAUUGAGAAAUGUCUACAGGCGUUGGAGGACCUGAGCGCCGUACCGGUCACCAGUCAGAUCCUACAGAAGAACUCUGACGUCAUCACCACACUGAAAAAGAUUCGCAGAUACAAGGCCAGCAGUGCGGUGAUGGAAAAGGCUACAGAGGUGUAUAAUAAGCUAAAACUCCAGUUUGUUGGGAAAUCGGAGAUGAACAAACCAAAAGCAGCGGAGAAGAGCGAGGGGGAGGAUAAAACAGAGCCACCAAGCGCAGAUUCCAAACCGGUGAACGGAGAGUCAGAGGCUGAGAAAAAGGACGUGGUUUCAGAAGGUGAAUCAAAGGAUCCGAAGCCUGCAGAGGAGCAGGAGCAGAGUGACAACGAACCCCAGAACAACCAGAGGCCUGGACCAGACAGCCCUGCUGAGGAGCUUUCACAGACACCUGAGGAAACACAGCACACCCCGACAGCAGACACAGAGCCUCCACUACAAAGCUGAAGACCCUGAACUGCUUCUUUUCUUAGCUGAACUGAACUUUCAUCGAUUCGUGUACCCCAUGAAGACGUUCUCCGUACUCGAAGACCACGUCGCUGUUUAUUUUCCGCACGCUCACUCUGACUUUAUUCCUUACAUUUAUGUCGGUUUCAUUCACUGUUUCUAAAAAAAAACCCGUUACGGUGUUACGCCGUUAAAUCUGGUUGUAUAUAAAACGGACGAAAGUUAUUCCCUGUAUGGAUGAAUGAACGUAUGAACAGAAGGUCAGCCUUGUCGGUGUUCAGUGCCGCACCGCUCCGCUCCCACGCUGCGAAGGAGACGUUAUUUAAAAACACUGGUAUUUAAAAGAAGGCCCUGAUUACGUGUGAAAACGGUGUGCGAGCGCGUGCGAGUGUGUGCGUGCGAGCGCGUGAGUGUGCGUGUUGGUACUUAGGCCACCUUUUGUUAACCGGAAUCCCUUUUUUUUUUUUUUUUUAAAUAAAAACACCUUUUUUCUUCAUUAACACAAUCCCUAUGUAAAUUCACCCUCCAGCAGAAGGUAAUGAACUAUUUUCCUACAGUAGCGAACCGGAGUUUUAACCCACCUGAAGUACGAUUUGAAGUUCUACUGAAACCCCUGUAAGAGCAGUCCUGCUGUCUGGUCUUUCCAUGAUCUCGUCAUACGUGUAGAGGUGUUUUUGUAGUGCGACUCGGUCAGAUUUUUUUUUUUUUUUUUUUAAUUGAUGGAAAUUGAAAUAAACAGCAUGGUGGCCCUAAA